AGUUUCUAGUUCAAACUGAUUUUUUAAUGAACAUCUAAUUUGUAAGAUAACCAAGAUUCGCAAAAAAAAAAAAAAAGGAACAUAUAUUUUUAACAAUUUAAGUUAUUAACAAUCAAUAUAACACAGUUUUUAACUACAUAUUAUUAUAAGUUUAUAUUUCUACAAUGUUAACUUAAUAAGUAUAAUAUAUUUUUUUUUCUAUAUCUCUUUCAAACUUUCUAAUACUCUUGCAUUAAUCAAAACAUUUUAAUUAAAACCAUGAAAAUAUUAAAUACUCCUAUUUGGUUAAAAGGAAAAAAAAAGUGAUAGUUAAAUCGAAAAUAUUACCAUUUCUUUUCAUGUAACUUUAAGUAGAAUCAAAUCAAUUAUCCUAUUAACAGACACAGAUGCGAAAAAUCGGGGCUGUCGGUACCCACUUUUGUAAAAAUUGGGAAUCUCUAGAUUGCCCGUCACCUGCCCGUUAACCUCCCAUUAUCUCUCCAACUUAAACGUGAAAAAAACCGCUACCACACUCUCUGCUCCACCAUUAUCACCACCACCCACCUUAUCACUGGGUGGUUGCGGAUGAUUCCGGUGGACCUCCGCCACUUUUCUCCCUAGCAUUUAAACCCUCGAAAAGAUGGGUCAGGGGCUUAGUUGCAGGGCAAAAGACGAGCAUUGGUUGUUCACAGCCGUGCAGUCCGGCGAUUUGGAGACUGUAAGAAGUGUUUUGGAGAGAGAUCCCGAUCUUAUUCAGCAAACCACCGUCAACGAUCGCCAUUCUGCUCUUCACAUAGCUGCUGCCAAUGGCCGAAUCGAGAUUGUUUCUAUGCUUUUGGACGAUCAGUUAGUCAAUCCCGAUUCCUUGAAUCGUCAUAAACAGACUCCAUUGAUGUUAGCGGCAAUGCAUGGGAAGAUUUCUUGUGUACAAAAGCUCAUUGAAGCUGGGGCUAAUAUUUUGAUGUUUGAUUCACUGAAUGGAAGAACAUGUUUGCACUAUGCUGCAUUCUAUGGCCACUCUGAUUGUCUUCAAACCAUUCUUUUAGCUGCCAAGACCUCCCACAUUGCAGUUUCUUGGGGAUUUUCAAGAUUUGUGAAUAUAAGAGAUGGUAAAGGAGCAACCCCAUUACACUUAGCUGCACGUCAACAACACCCUGAUUGUGUUCAUAUACUUUUAGAUAAUGGAGCUCUUGUUUGUGCCUCUACUGGUGGAUAUAGCUUCCCUGGAAGCACUCCACUUCAUUUAGCUGCGAGAGGGGGUUCAAUCGAUUGUAUCAGAGAAUUAUUGGCAUGGGGUGCAGAUAGACUUCAACAAGAUUCAUCUGGAAGAAUUCCAUACAUGGUUGCUUUAAAGCAUAAGAACGUAGCAUGUGCAGCAUUGCUAAACCCUUCAUCAGCAGAGCCUCUGGUGUGGCCUUCACCAUUAAAGUUCAUUAGCGAGCUUCAUCAAGAUGCAAAAGCCUUGUUAAAAAAGGCUCUAAUGGAGGCCAAUAGGGAGAGGGAGAAAACAGUCUUGAAGAGCACCAGUCACUGGGUGGUUUCAUCUCCAUCACAUUAUGAUUCCGAUGGUAUAGAUGACAAUAUCUCUGAGGGAAGUGAAACGGAGGUAUGUUGCAUAUGCUUUGAUCAAGUAUGCACAAUUGAGGUUCAAGAUUGUGGGCAUCAAAUGUGUGCUCAAUGCACUCUAGCUUUGUGCUGCCAUAACAAGCAAAAUCCAUCAACUCCGCCAGUCUGCCCCUUUUGCCGGAGCAAAAUUGGGCGGUUGGUGGCGGUGGAAAUUAAAGCUGCCCAUCAAAAGGAUUGGAAAUCAAGAAUGCCUACAAGCUGCAUUGAGGAAAGCUGUGGGCUAUCGGCUGUAUCCUCAUUUGGAAAAGCAAGUAGGAUUGAUCAAUGCAUUGAUAAAACAUGAAAAAUGUCAAAUUUAUGUGUUAGCAACAUUUUGGUUGAAUAUAAGAUCUGUACCCUAUUGGGUAUAUGUAUAAAGGAUCUCUUUAUUGUGUAAUUUUCUUGUGGGGUAAUCAGCAAACCAAAGGGUAAUUUUCUUGAUGUUGCAUUACUAAAGAUCAUUUCAAACCAAUAUAAAAAAAAAAAGUGUUUGUAAUUGUUAG